GUUUUAGCCACCGUAAAGCACGUAAAAGCACGCAAGCCCGCGUCCGCUCCAGCCGCCUCUACUCGUAUUCAUCCAGCGGUUGACUUGAGCAAAAAAACGGCGCCCCGCGGCGACCCCUUAAGGGCUCUGGUCAAGCCGGCGCUCAAAUUGCGCUGCGAGGGGAAGCCGUCGCGGCGCCACCCGCGCCGCCGCACCGCUCAUUGCGCUCAAAUUGCCCGCGCGCACGCCGCACCGCGCGCCGCACCCAAAGCGGGGGCACGCCCGUCACCGCGAGAGGCCGCCGCCGCGCACACAUCACCGCCCGCCGCCGCAGGUCCCAAAAACAAAAUGGACCGGGCCCCGAGAGCGUAAGAGCCGUCCAGGCCGCCCAGGGCGCCGCGGCCGCCGCGGCCCUCGUCCAGCAGCAGGACCCGAGCUCGCAGAUCGAGCUCGAGCUGCCGAUCGACGCUUUUGCGGGAGACGCCGACCACCAGAAGCAGAUCCACCAGGACUUCUGGCAGGGGUUCGAUCCGAAGGACCUCGGCGAGUCGAACGAUUGAUUAUGAGGCGCCUCGUCGCACUACGACCACGACCACGACCACGACCACCACCGCGCCGCGCGCUGUCGGCGCGGGGUAACAAGGGACCGCCGCGACCGCGACCGCGCCGCUCGCCCCUGCAUGACGCGGUUCGCUGGACGGAGCGGCAGCAGGGCUUCCGCUGGUCGCGCCUGAACGCCGGCCAGGGUGUGCACGUGGCGGGGACCUGGGUCCUGCUCGGCGUCUUCGGUGCCGUGUGUGUCUAUUCCGUCUUCGUCGUAGUUACCGGCGUCCCUCGACGCGUCUACGAAAUCGUCGAUCACACGCUGCGCGAGCCUGACUGGAUGGAGGUCGCCGACAUUUUGAUUCGUGCCGAGGGCGAGGAUCUUGCCGAGCUGGUCCGGAACCCGCUCUAUCGGGAUGUCGGGUUCGGCGACGACCAGCUCUAUCGGCGACGCCGGCCCGGCGGCGACUGGCGCUACCGGUUCAUGGACGACGAGCUCGAGGAGCUGGGGCGCAUGGGCGUGGACGUCGACUCUCGAUAUAACGGGCCGACGAAGGACCAGAGGCAUGCCAUCCUCACGGCGCGGCGCUUCCGGGGGCUGCGGAAGCUUGUUGACUCCGGCCGGCUCUCCGAUGACGACAAGCGGGAGCUCAGGAAGCAGUUCGCGCGGAGCCGCAGCGACGACGACGUCGAGAAGAUACGCGAGCUGAGCAAGAACCGGGACCAGCUGGACGCGCCGACCCGGGAGUUGGUCGACCUGUGGAAUAGCCUCUCCCGGGUCGCGGAUGGCGGCUCCGGGGGGAAGUCCGAAGAGUAAUGUGCAAUCAAGUU